UGUGGAUAUAGUUUCUGCACAGACAUAUGCAUGCUUAUUCCCAGAAAUUUGCCAAUCUAACUCUCACACAGUCUCACAGAAGACAUACUAACAUACCUACUCACCUCUAUGGGCAGCUUGGUUAUCGCCUCGCCACUAAGCCACAAUGGAGAAGGUAGUGGCAUCACACCAUUCAGGCCUGCUUGGAACCAAAAAGCUGACACCAGAUUUGAAGCAAGACUGCAGUACCACAGCUCGUCAAAUUGCAUAUUCUAAACGUGUACAUUUCAAAAUACAUAGAGAUACAAAGGUGCGCAGUGCUCCCGAAAUGAAUACCCCUGUCAAUCGAGAAUCCAAGGAGGUUGAAGUUUGUCUGAGUGUCUUCAUCGGAGGCCUCGACCCUCCACGGAAGCUCAAUCAAGUGCUCUUUGAUGCGAAGAUUUCGGACGAAGUGUUCGGCCCCAAAAAAGAGCGUCAUUCUGUUCCUAUCGACGAUCUGUCUGAAGGUUUCUUUCGAUUCAGCGAUGAGCAUCGUCUGUACUUACAGCGAAGGUUGUCUCAGGAACUCCGCUCCUUGCGUACGAUUGAAAACUUAGCCUCUUCUUUUAAUGAGGAUAUUCUUAGUCGUCUGGUCCAAGAAUGUGCUGUCUGUAGGAAAACUCCUGCGAAGAGCCUCGUCCAUCGUGCUUUGUCUGCCACACGGAAUGGAUAUAUCGAGCUGGCUGGCUUUAAAGAGGCCCACAAGCUUAUGUCAACGAUUGCUUCAUAUGUAACCCGCAGUUCAAGUCGCGCCACAGGGGAUAGACCGUACGUGUGUUCCCUGGCUGUUCCAGUGUGCCAACCUGAUGGCGAAUGUCGCCAAAUUAUCGACAGCAAGAUUCACGAACGUAUCAACAGCAUUCUCGACAGAGGGAUUGAGUCACCAUCCUUGGAAGAGAGUCACAACAAAACUGCUCACUCGAGCGAGGUAUCCAUCAUCUCUUACGCCAGUGAGGACUGGUUGGCUGAAUCUGUGGAGUGGCUCUACUCUCACGACAACCCGGCCAGUUGCCGUAAUGCGACUAAGGAGAGGGUCCAUGAGAUUGGAGUUACUAUAUUUGUCGGACGACCAAGACUUCAGGUCGACGAUCCCCCGGACCGUGGUCGUCUCAGUUGCCUAGCAUUUACGUCCAAGUGGCCUGCUUCUGUGAUUCCAAAUGCCAACAAGACUGCGGCUGAUCACGCAGUAGACUUCUGCCACAUCGUUUCUUUCCACGAGACAGACAUUUUGAAGUCGGCUCAAUACCGUUGCGCCAUCUGUUCCGAGCUAGUAGCCGCCCGAAGCCUGGUCCAUCGACCCAUCGCAUUCUACAGAUCUAAUGCCGACAAUGCACUAGGUGAACGCCUGCGUGGUCUGGUCAUGAAAAUCUUCCAAUACGUUCAGGGCCGAUGGAAAUUCCCCGAAACGUCUGCUGCCCUCGGAUACAAGGAUGAAGCGCACAUUUUUGAUUUUGUGGUGCCGAUCUGCGAAACUGGGACAAUAUGCGAAGAUGCUGCAAGAAUGGCAGCACGCGAAUUCAUCCAACUCUUAUCCCCAAGAGGCUUUUUGCCUGCAUUCCCUGGGUUGGAUCCUGACUCCGAUCUCUACAAGUAUGACAUGGAAGAGCCGUUGUGCGACCGCGAAACUGUUGCGAAUCCGGUCAAGAAAAUUGGGCCUGGGGGUCUUAUGACGGAGAAGGCUGAUCGAGGUGAAAAUCCUGCUGCCGGCGAAUUGACAAUAACUAAGCUCAGGUAUUGGCACGAAAUAUGUUUUACUGAGGAAGAAGCGCAAAAAGUGUUUAGCAAGGGAGGGGGGAAUAAUCCUACGGAAGAGGAGACUGAAACUGAUAAGGUCGAAGACAACGAGGCAAAGAGAACUCGUCCAAAGAAACCUGGCAAGAAGAAAAGCGGGAAGAUGAAGCCUGGGAAAAUGAAGUCUGGAGAAGGAAAUUCUGCGGCAAGCAAGGUGGGAGAACAGUCUGAGCCGAAGGAUGAAGACGAAUCCGACUCCGAAAGCGAUACCUAUUCGGAAAUCAAUUCAGACAAGGUUGCUGUGACUCAAUCGAAUGCUGAUAUCGAUGUCUAUGGGGCCGAAACGAACACCAGUCACGAAGAUGAACAAGUGAAUAGUAGCUCUGGCGCUGAAGGAGAAGGUGAAGAGAUGAUCUGUAUCUAUUCAUCCAACGAUGUAUCAGAACCGCUCGUGUUUGUCACUCACCAUGGAGACGGGGAUCCUGACCAUGGCCAGCAGCGCGUGAAAAAACUGAUUGACGCCGGCGUUGAUAGACAGUUGCUCUUCAAGCCAUUGCUCAGUCUUAACUUCUGGCUUGCAAGUGAAGCUGUCAGAAGAGAACGUGCUCGGUUCGAGGUUGCUGCUUCCGCCGCCCAGAAUGAGGCUAAUAGUUAUGUCGGGCAACGGCCUUCUCAAGUCGCGGAGCGUGACUUUGCCGCGAAAGUGUUCGAGGAUAUGCUUGUCCAAUAGAAGGGGCGAACUAUCUAACUAAUGUGGCGACCUAGACAAGGGCGGUCUAAGCUGGCAGAACCCACUAGGGUGCUAGGUAGAAGGGCUUCAUGGCUGGAAUGCAUGCUGAUGAUUCAAAGGGUUGACGCCGAAUAGCUAGCCUAGCAUUCUGGACACAGACUUGUAUUCUGCUCCUCUAAAUUGAGAGCCAAGACUCAGAUAAAUGGACUGAUCUUCUGCUUGACUUGACGUAGCUCUGCUGGGGUGCCGUCAAAGCACACUGUACUCUACUCCACCUUGUUAACACGCCUAUUGAUCAAAUUUUACAGUAAAAC